GGGAGGUAAGGGGGGCAAGAGGGGGGUUCCACCACACCAGGCCAACACUAAAGUGUGCUCACUCCACCAAGUUCCCUUCUGCUCUCAACAGCUCUGAAUUACACUGAAUUAUCAUCGCAGGUGACUCUCCAUCCUGCACUUCACACAAUGUUCGACAAUUCACAAUAUCCUUACAACUGCUUUAAUUAUGAUGGAGAUUAUCCGUCCUGUGGCACUGAGGAGGAGAAGAAAGUGUGCAGACCUGCUUACAGUUAUAUUGCGCUGAUAGCUAUGGCCAUACAGCAGAGUCCAGAGAACAAAGUCACCCUAUCGGGCAUCUACGAGUUCAUCAUGAAAAGAUUCCCUUAUUACAGAUCCAACCAGAGAGCCUGGCAAAACUCCAUCCGCCAUAAUCUCUCCCUCAACAGCUGCUUUAUAAAGGUACCUCGCACUGAGGGCAAUGAGAAGGGGAAGGGAAAUUACUGGACUUUUGCCACAGGCUGCGAGUCCAUGCUGGACCUCUUCGAAAAUGGCAAUUUUCGACGCCGUCGUCGUCGGCGACGCAACUUAAGCCUGGGAUUCAGGGAGCCGGCUGAGCCCUUCAGCCCCCUGGACUCGCAGCAGAACGCCACGGUGCGCUCACUUCAUCCUGAAUCCUUUUGUCCAGAAAGUUCAAACCACAGAGUGGACCAGCGCAACCCUCCACUCAGCAAACCCGAGCAGGAGAUCAAAUUCAGCAUCGACUACAUUCUGUCCACGCCAGACCCCUCACCAGGGUUUAGACCUCCACACUGCAGCUCUGCAGGAGCCGUGAUACAGCACCUGGAGCCUCAGCAGCUCAACCUGCACCUCUGGACCCUGUAACCUACACACUCUGAAAAACUCGCAGAAAUCAUGAAACCUCACUGAACUUUUUGAAGGUGUGGUGCAAAUUAGUUGGGGCAAUAAUGUGAUGAUUGUUGUGUUGAGUGCAUCUGAUUUUUGAGAUAAAAUCUUUAAACACAAUGUAGGUACAAAUAUUAUGGACUGGACUAGCACUCAUGGUACAGUGGAUUAAAAAAAAAAUCUGUAAGUUACCAAAUGCACAGAAUUUUUUUUUUUUUUUUGCCGUAGUUAUUAGGCUUGUUAGCAGAAUUUGUUUCCACCUAAAGACUAGGUAUAAAGUUGUUCUGCUUUAGUUCACUAACACAUCCUUUAGGUUUAAAGAUAAUAAACCAAAGUUUUA